AUUUAUGGAAUCACCAGUCUUAUCCAAACAAUUAGAAUUAUCAGAAUUGAAAUAGAUCAUCAAAAAUAGAUUUUCUUUUGAUAGAAGAAAAGUAAUAUUCUUUACUUUAAACUCUUGUUUGUUGGGAUUGGCAGUAUUUAGUUUAUUUUCAGCGAUCACUCUUGAAAGCAAUUCAUAAAUAUUUAGAAUAAGAACUUAUUUGACAGAUUAAAAUCUGUCGAAUAGAGAAUAAGCCAGAAAAUUAGAAACUAUAUUGAUUCCUUAAAAUAUUGCUCAAUUAUGUACAAUUGUUGCCUCCAUUAUUGGUUAUUAUGGAAUUUAUUAAAAAUCCUAAAAAGUAUUUACAAUUUGAAUGUCUUUAGAUUUUACAUCUUUUUCCUAUCAGUUUAGGUAUUAGUUUAGCUUUCAGAACCAUAGCUACUAUAGUAAUUAUCUCAUAUUUUAAUACAAUAUAAUCAGUAUAAAAUUAUGAAAAAAUUAUAGGUAUUUGAAGAAGAGGUAGGAACUUUUAUAACUUUACAAAUUUUAUUUUUGGCAUUUAAUUGGUUGUUUUGUGUUUUUGCUUAUUAACAGUUUAAGAAAGCUUAAGUUGAAUAUCAUAUAGUCACUAAAGAUAGAGAGAGAUUGAUUAUGGAUAAUAAUAUGGCAUAUGAAUUAAUAAAGAAGAUUAUAAAAAAUUGAUGAUUGUAUUAUAAUACAUAUACGGAU